AUGUCCAACAGCAGCUCCAUCAGGCACUUCCUCCUGCUGGCAUUGGCAGACACGUGGCAGCUGCAGCUCCUGCACUUCUGCCUCUUCCUGGGCAUCUCCCUGGCUGCCCUCCUGGCCAACGGCCUCAUCAUCAGCGCCGUAGCCUGCGGCCACCACCUGCACACCCCCAUGUUCUUCUUCCUGCUCAACCUGGCCCUCACUGACCUGGGCUCCAUCUGCACCACUGUCCCCAAAGCCAUGCACAAUUCCCUCUGGCACACCAACAACAUCUCCUACUCUGCAUGUGCUGCUCAGGUGUUCUUCUUUUCAUUCUUCAUGUCAGCAGAGAUUUACCUUCUGACCAUCAUGAGCUACGACCGCUACGUGUCCAUCUGCAAACCCCUGCACUACGGGACCCUCCUGGGCAGCAGAGCUUGUGCCCACAUGGCAGCAGCUGCCUGGGCCAGUGCCUUUCUCUAUUCCCUGCUGCACACAGCCAAUACAUUUUCCCUGCCCCUGUGCCAUGGCAAUGCCCUGGGCCAGUUCUUCUGUGAGGUGCCCCAGAUCCUCAAACUCUCCUGCUCACACUCCUACCUCAGGGAACUUGGGCUCAUUGCUGUUGGUGUCUGUUUAGCACUUGGCUGUUUUGUGUUCAUUGUUUUCUCCUAUGUGCAGAUCUUCAGGGCUGUGCUGAGGAUCCCCUCUGAGCAGGGAAGGCACAAAGCCUUUUCCACCUGCCUCCCUCACCUGGCCGUGGUCUCCCUGUUCCUCAGCACUGCCUUUUUUGCCUACCUGAAGCCCCCCUCCAUCUCCUCCCCAUCCCUGGAUCUGUCCCUGUCAGUUCUGUACUCAGUGGUGCCUCCAGUCCUGAACCCCCUCAUCUACAGCCUGAGGAACCAGGAGCUCAAGGCUGCACUGUGGACACUGAUGACUGGAAGGUUUCAGAAACUGUGA